AUGGUUAGGAGUAGACACAAAGCAUCUGCUUCUCAUGAUGUUAACAUAGGAACACUUGUGCCAUCUGAAAAAGGCGAGCCUUCAACUACUCUAUCACAACAUUCGAUGCAGUUUGGCGAUUCUCGUCCAUCAAUUGAAAUAGAGAUUAAUUCUUUAGGGCGAAAACGACUAGAACUUCGUAAUGGAAAGUGUGCUCGUGUGAUCAUAAAUACUUUUAAGCAGCGUAUCAACUUUAAUGGUGUCAACUGGAAGGCUGUCUCACAAGAGAUAAAAGAUUUUUACUGGGAAGAAUUUAAGAAAAAAUACUUUUGGGAUUCCUCUAAUGAAGCAGUGAUAAAGGAUGCAUGGAGAUUGAAGCAUUGGAAUGACCCUAAGGUCAUUCAGUGGUCAGAGCUAUAUUCUAGAAAAAGCCACGGUGCUGCAAAUGCUCCUGGACCAUUUACCCACACAGGUGGAUCCAUAACAUAUGCUGAGUGGUCAAAUAAAUUAGGAAAAGAAUUGGGUCGAAAGCCAACUCUAACCAAGUUGUUUGUCCACACUCACACCCAGAAGCAUGACAAGGAGACUUUUGUGGACCAAAAAUCUAAGGAGAUACAUGAUGCUAUAGUAGCUAGGAGGGAGGAGCUAGCACAAACCACACCUGACAGCAUCGAUGAGAACUAA